AGUGCGCAGCAGGUCCACAGCCCGAACGUCUCAGACCCGGCGACCAACAGCUGGUGCGCGCAGUCUAUUUUCGUUUAUUCGUAAGUCAGACUUCCGACCACCGCGUCACCGCUGCAAACGCCGCCGCCGCCGUCCGUACGUUCCUCCGGGCCGUGUAAAAAAUUAAUCGACCAAUAAAUCCCUUAUCGGCUUUGACUGCUGCCGUCGUAGUUCGGUCCGGCACACGUUCAGUAUCCGAACGCACGGUUUUCCGCGUACAUCACGAUCGUACCGUCGAAUAUAGUCCGACGCGGCGAAGGGAUCUUUGAAGGCUUUGGAUGGCAGUGCACCAUGGGCAACUCGUCGUCUUCGUUCAUCAAGUAUAAGCACGGCAGCGGAGGUUUGUCGUCGUCAUCCGAAAGAACCUGUCCGCCGUCCGCACCGGGAAAACCGUAUCUGGUAGUCGCGUCCCCAGACGACGAACCGGACGUCAUUACGGUCAAAUGGAAACCACCGACCUACAACGGCGGCUCUAACGUCACCGGUUAUAUUGUGGAGCACCGUCGAACUAUUUCUCCGCAUUGGGUUAAAGCUGUUCCGGGGAAAAUCGAUAAACCCUAUUUGACUCUGAGCGGUCUCGAGCCAGGAUGCCGUUAUCAGUUCAGGGUGAAAGCUGUGAACUCAUUAGGACAUUCGCCGCCAAGCGUCGUUUCGGAUCCCGUCACGAUGACAGUGCACAGGACGGCCGUUGUGGCACCGGUUUUCAUUUCCGGGAUAGAAGAUCGCGUUGCUUUGGAAAACGAUCAAGUGAAAUUUGUUGUGGAAUUUGAAGGGACGCCUACGCCAAAAAUCAGUUGGUAUAAAGAUGGGUUCGAACUAUUCAGUAAUAGAAGACAGAGGGUAAACACGGACAACGGCGUCAGUACCUUAUAUAUUCACCAAGCCGAAUACGCUGACGAAGGCGAAAUAAAAUGUUCAGCUACGAACAAAGCGGGUCAUGCGAUUACGAAAGCUCGGCUGAGACUCGAAGCACCACCAAUGGUCCGUUUACCACAAGACUACGAAGAAGGUUUACUUUUCGAACAAAACGAGCCAAUGAGACUCAAAGUUUCAGUUACCGGACGUCCGUUGCCAGAAGUAACUUGGUUUCAUGAUGGAGAAGAAAUACGUGGUGGUGAUAGAUUUGAAGUUAUUCAUACGGAUAAAUAUACUGCUUUAAAAUUAGCAUGCGUUAAACGAUCGGAUAGAGGAUGUUAUCAAAUUCAAGCUGUAAACGCGUUGGGUGAUCAUACGGCUUCAUUUUUAGUAACUGUUACGGAUAGACCUUCACCGCCAGGUAAAGUACACGUAUCAAAAACAUCAGGUAAAUCUGUGACACUCUCGUGGAAGGCACCAGAGGAUGACGGAGGUUGUAAAAUUGGAAAUUUCAUAAUCGAGUACAACAGAGUCGGAUGGGACAUGUGGUUAAAAGCAUCGACAAGCAGGCAGCUCACAGCAGAUCUCGACGAUUUACUAGAGGGAUCGGAGUACAGAUUUCGGGUGAAGGCAGAAAAUCCUUAUGGUAUUAGUAAACCAAGUGAUGUUUCCGAACCGAUAUUCUUGCCGGAUAUCAAACGAGGUAUUUUCAAACAAACCAAUACGGCAUCUCUCUUAUUCGAGGACGACGAAAAACUGGUAAAAACUCAAGAAACGAAUAUGUUAGAAUUUUUCGGUCGAAAAUCAAAAUCACCCGAGCCAUCCACUAAGCCACGAAAAUUAAGUGUAGAUGAGGUUUCACCUCCAGUACCCAAAAGAAGGAAGAAAAAGUUAAAGGAUGAAAUAAACAAUUCGAAGACAGAUAUUUAUAGAUCAAUGAGUUUUCUGGAUGUAUCUGCUGAAAAUGCUGAAAAUUGGCAACAGCCAAUCGAACAAAAGGACCACUGGGGCCUUGCUCCUGAACUGAAGACAAAUAAUGGCAGAACUAGCCCCAGAGAUUCUCUAAAUUCUCAAAAUAUGCCAGUAUUGGAUUAUAAAGCUAAAAGAAAUUCAACAGAAUCUUUAAUAAAAUUGAAUUUCGAACGAGAGUCAGCUCCCCCUAUUUCAUUAUCAUCUCCAGAAUUAGGUCCCGAGUCUGAAGUUUUCGAAGAACAUAUAAGAAACUCGUACAGCUCUAGUGAACUACUUUACGAACGAAAUUUAAGUAGGUUCAAUGGUUAUAAAAACGAUGAAAAUUUAUCAUCUGAAGCUCAAAAAAUAGCAAUAUACGCAAUGGACAGGAAAAAUAGUUUAAGGCGGUCUCCCAUAACUAGAAGAUCGAACGACGGUUCGGAAGAAAAGUCAGUUUUUAGCGAUUCAGAUUCUGUUCAAAGUGUGAUCGAAGCAUCCAAAAGAACAAAAAAUGCAAGUAGCUUUAUGUCGCUGGCAAAUAGCAUAGAAGAAGUAUUAGAGAAUACUGGAAGAGAAAUAAUUGGUGAUAACAACGACAAAGGAAAAAAUGACAAUACACCAUUUACCUUGUAUGAUAGUUCGGGGUCGGGUAUAUCAAAGGAAUCCGAAGACGAAUAUGUAUCAGAUUAUGACUCGGAUGGGGAAUUCAUAAACUUUGGAAAUGGAAAACGAGCCUUGCAGGAACAGAAAGCAUCGAGCGCUUUCUUUUCCACAGUAUACUACGAUGAAGAUUAUUUAUCGGAUCAAAAAUUAUCGGACAGAGAACGGUCGACAUCACCCGCAGCGCUCCGAGAAAUAGAAAAGUCCGACGAAAUGUCACAAGACUCGUUGAACACCGAAUCCACGAGCAGCAGCGAAUAUUCCGACAGUCAACAAUUAAAAAACAAAACUGAUACAACUACUGAGAUAUGCACGGUGGCAGAACCAAACUCCAUAGACCCUCAGAAGUAUCGACCAAGGGACGGUAUUCCUAAGUACGUGAUGUUACCGAAUCCAUUCUACAAAGAAAGAGAAACGUCAAUGAUAGCGGUAGAGGUACCGGAAGGUUCACCGUCGCAUAACCGAGUGAAGUUCGAGCUGUCGUCAAACUCCGACGAAAUUGUACCACCCGAAAUACCCAGACGAACGGUUGACGGUAGUGACAGCAGUCACCUAGCACUACCAGUCAUCACGGUCACGGAGACUAGUGACCACAGCCCAAAAUCGGUUCUGAAAAAGAUCUUUAUGCCGGAAUUUUCGGACCAGAACGAAUCUUAUUACGACCGGUACAACAACGUGAAUUCCAGCGCAUUUGGCACGUUGAAACAACGAUCUCCGGAACGCGAGGAUGAUGACAACAAGAAGGCCGCUGAAGUGUUGCAAGAAGACGCGAACAUGGUAGUUGUAAAACAUUACGGCGACAUAUUAGAGCGAUACAGUGACGUAGUGAAAAAACCGUCUUCCAAGACGUACUUGGAUUUCGAACAGUUAAAGUUGGCUGCGGUCGAGUGCGAAUCCCCCGUGGUCCUGGUCGACGAUCGACCCAUAGACAAGUGUCAAGACGACGACAACGAAGAUGAACUAGAAUCAUACGAGAUGCAGUAUGAAGAGGAAGAAGAGGCGUACGGACGUGAACAGCCAAUAGAUGGAGAUCUCGACAAUCAGGUUGUAAACGUUGCUGAUGAUCGGUUAACGUCCAUGAUGCUGCAAGACCACACUUCAACGAAUAAUGCGAUACCGUAUUUAAAGAUAUUCGGAAAUUUAUCCCUGGCGUUGUUCGGAUAUUGGUUGUACACGUUUAAGAGCGAGAAACUGUCUGUACCAGUUUUUGGAUUUUUGUUAGUCCGGUUUUUCAAGACUCAAAUUUGGGAUAGGAUUUGAUAAUUUUUUUUUUUUUUUUGUUUUAUUCUUCGAAUUCGCGUUUUUGUACAAAAUUAUUGUUUAAUGUCUACAUAUCUACUUUUAUUGUUCGAUACCAUUAUAAUUGUAAAUAUAUUUUAUUUUUUUUUUACUCAGA